UUAUAUAUAAGCAGAGAAGAAAAAACACCCAUCAAUAUUCUAGAGAAUUUGUGAAAUGAACAUGAAUUUGCCUAAUAAUCUCAGGGGUUUAAAUAUGAUAGAAGAAUAUGCUUUUUCCUUCCUUGUUUCAAAGACAUUAUUUACUGCCUCUGAGCUGGGGGUGUUUGAUGUGCUGUCCAAGUCUGAGGAUCCUCUGUCGGCAGCAACUCUUGCUGAGCGUUUAGGCACAAGCCCCACAGGAACGGAGAGAUUACUCAAUGCUUGUGUUGGAUUAAAACUUCUUGAAAGGAAUAUGCUGAAUGGUGAAGUUGUCUAUAAAAGUACUGAACCCUCCAAUGUAUACCUUGCAAAGAACAGUCCAAAAUCCAUAUAUCUGUCAUUGCAAUAUUUUUCUAAAGAGGUUUACAAUAUGAGCAACUACUUAGAGGAUGCAGUCAGGGAAGGAACAUGGCAGAAAGGGAAAGCAUUUGGAAUGUCAUCAACUGAAGUGUAUGAUGUUUUAUACAGAUCAGAAGAGCAAUUGUUAGCAUUCAUGGGGCAUAUGGACGGUUUAUCUAUUCUCAGAGGCAAAGAAGAGCUGAUUUCUGCAUUUGAUCUUUCAUCAUUUCAUACCAUUUGUGAUCUAGGAGGCUGCUCUGGGACUAUUGCAAAAGUGUGUGCUGCUAAAUAUCCAGAAUCUUCAGUUUUUGUCUAUGAUCUACCUAAAGUAGUGAAUGUUGCUAAGAAGUAUAACGCAGCAGAGGAACAUCAGAUUACAUUCCAGGAAGGAAACUUCUUUCAGGAUCCUCUUCCAGAAGCUGACCUGUACAUUCUUUCACUUAUAACCCAUGGCUGGGCUGAGGAUAAAUGUUUACAUUUGCUAAGAAAAAUUUAUAAUGCCUGCAAACCAGGUGGUGGAAUACUUAUGGCUGAAGCUAUCAUAAAUGAAGACAUGAGUGGACCUGUUACAUCCCAGAUGCUGGACCUCAUAAUGAUGAUGUGCAGUGAUGGCAGAGAGAGAACUGCUAAAGAAUACAAAAAAAUUCUGAUUGCAGCUGGAUUUAAAGAUAUCAGAUUUAGUAUCAAUGGAAAGCUAAGUGAAACCAUUCUUGCAAUAAAAUAAAAUAUGGUUAUUCAUACCCACUUCUGACAGAAAAGCUAUGAUUACCUUUAACAUAAUCUGUAAUUGUUUAUUGUGUUAUGUAAAUCAGGGAACACCCAGACUUUUUAAAAUGGAGGCCAAGUCAUAAAAGCAUUAUACAAAGGAAAUAUGUAAUACACACACUAAAUUACCUAAUGAUAUAUAUAUACUGUAUAACAAAUUAUCGAUAUUAUCUGUUUGGUGUGUUGAGGAUUACAGGAUGGCUGGCUGUUGUUGGGGGUCCGUAGUUUGGAUAAUGUGAUAUAAAAAAAUAUCUGUAUAAGGUGACCAAUUAAUGUUAUGUGGUCUUCAAUUAAAAUUAAACCCAAAUGUUAUUUUAAACUAUAAUGCAACUGUUUUAUGCCUGUUUUUUUGUUAAUAAAGAUCAGAUGUAAUAGAAAUUCAUUUAAAUCGUUUUUUUAAAAAAAAAGCAAAAUAAUAUGUCCUCAAUUGUUAUAGCACUUAUAUACAAAGCAACAUUUCAAGAAUUUGCCAUUUGUGGAAGCUUAUACAAUCUUAUAUAUUACUGUAUCAGCCUGCUGGUCCACUAUCAUUUCACAUGCAACAAAAAAUAAUUUGUUCUGUGGAGAAAAUACAAUAAAAAUCAAAUCAUUUAA